AUGACUCCUUCAGCCGGUCUUGGAGUCUACUUACUCGGCCUCGCCUGGACGGUACGAGGGUUCAUGGCCCUUUGCUUCCCACAGCAUGAAUUCCGCACCAUUGGAAUCAAGGAUAUGCGAUCUUCAGACGACAUCGCCAGCUUCUCGCCCAUCUUCAUGCUUGGAUUCAGAGACAUCUCCAUCGGCAUGUUUCUCAUAGCUCACCAAAAGGAAGACAAUCCCACCGCUGUGGCUACUCUAUUGGCCGUGAUGGGGAUGAUGAAACUCGGCGAUACUUUUCUCGUUUUCAUUAUCGGCGAUGGGAAUAAGACGGUCAAAGGCCUUGGGCACCUUUUCAUGGCUCUUAUGUUUUUCUUUUGGAUUGCUGUUGUACUGCAUUAG